AUGUCGAGCGGGUACGUUGCUGUGACGGUCAUCUUCUUCGUGCUGGCCUUCGGGGUUUGCCUGCUCGUCUACCGUUACUACACAAAGGAGUCCAUUAAGCGGAUGCCAAUUGCCUGCGCUGUGUGGCACGUGAUCGCGCUGUACGUGUGCAUGCUACCCUUCCCCCUGCUGGUUGUGGAUGUCGAUGCCUCGUUGGCAGCUCAGAACGACCCCAGCCAGAAGCAGAACUGGAUGCGGCCCAUCUGGAUCACUAUCUUCGCUGUGACAUACUUCUGCGCGUGGGUGUCUCUGCCGUUGGCGCAGAUGUACACGGAGGUAGGCGAGUUCACUGUGAAGGGCCGGCUUCUGCACUCCAUCAAGAUGAACCUUAUUCUAUACGCCGUCAUCAUCGCCAUUAUACUCGUGGCGCUGUGCUACUUUGUUAUCAUAACGGACUCCUACAGAUCCGUCUCGAAUGUCAUGAAGGUCGUCAUCUCGCUCGCCAACGCGUGGGGCCUGCUGAUCUUGACGCUGUUCAUGCCGGCUGGCCUGGUCGGGGUGCCGCGUAUGCUGUGGCGCUACGCCGACGCGAAGCGGCUGCUGCGCAGCCAGCUGUACGAGGCCACCGACAUUCAGGAGAACCUCGACUUUGCUGCGAUGGACUUGGCAGCCAUAAAGGCAGAACUCAUCAGCAUUGACCCCCAAGUCUCGGAGGAGGACCGCCCUCACCUCGCCUUUAUGUUGGAGCUCAUCUCUGCCGCCGACCGGGAGAUUCCCAUGUACCACAUGGCUGCCCUGCGCGUCAAGGCAGUGCCGUCAGCGGACCGCAACGAUGUCUCGCUCCUUCACCUCGAGACACUGAAUCAACGGCUCAAGAAGGCGAUAAAGAUUGUGAACCGUGCCAACUACCGCUGGAACUCGACAGUGCGCAAGUGCGGCUCGCUGGAUCAGAUUGUGCGUGGAGUCAAAGGCACCAACAACCCCCUGAAGAGGAUGUGGUUCCCAAUUCGGCAGUACGUCUACUACACCUGCUGUUUUGUCUGCUCGGUGCUGACAAUUUUCAUCCUGUGGAGCGAACUGACGAUGCCGCUGCGGGACUGGGCCGGCAAGCCGCUUGGUGUGAUUGAGCUCAUUAUGAAGAGCUCCAUUCACUUCAUCGGCUCUGUCGUUCUGCUCUUCUACAUGGCCUACUGCGCCUACUGGGCCGCCUUUCAGUUUAAGGUCCAUGACGUCUAUGUGAUCUACCCCAGCAUUGCUGAUAACGCAUCGCUCUGCUUCAACGAGACCUUCCUGGUGCGCCUGCUGAUGCCGCUGUGCUUCAACUUUCUGCUUAUCUCCGGCCUCUCGUCCACUGCGAAUGAGACGCGCGUGGACGUGGCCUACGGUCACGUUUACCGCAGCAACAUGGACAUUGGGCUCUUGUUUGGCUCCUACGUGAACAAGCUGCUGCCGCUCAUGAUUCCCUUCCUCGCCGCCACCGUUUUCUUCCAACUUACUCAGCAGAUGUUGUCCAUAGUUGGGAUCGAGGUGCAUAACCCGAAUGACGUAGAGAAUCCGGCGGUUCGGCAGCGCAUCAUCGAUGGGAGGAAGCUGGUUGAGGCAGAGCUUGGGUACCAGCUGACCUCGCCAUUUCUUCCAGGCGAAGGCGUUGACGAGGUGAAGUCACCAAGUGUGCCACCGAGGGCUGCAAGACCGGAUCGCGACGGCGCUGCUGAGUCGGAUGCGAAGCGUGGCCAACGCUAUCGUGAAUACCUCCAGAAGAAACGCGGUGGCACUGCCGGCGGUGCUGAUGGUGGGUCAGAGAUGAUGAAUUUCGGUAGUGCCGGGUCUGCUAGAGAAGAGGAGCCCUAA